AUGGUGAGACCUCCGUGUUGUGAUAAGUUAAGUAUGAGGAAAGGGUCAUGGAACGAAGAAGAUGAUGCACAAAUGCUCGCCUUUGUAUCCAAACAACCAACAACUAAUUGGCAAGCAGGGGCUCCCAAGAAACCAGGUUUAAGAAGGUGUGGAAAGAGUUGUAGGUUAAGGAAAACAAAUGUUGCAACGAAUGAUCAUAUCAGGCAUCAAAGCUUUACACAACAAGAAGAGGAGUUGAUCAUCAAGCUUCAUUCCGCCAUUGGUAGCAGAUGGCCUAUAAUAGCACAACAACUCCCAGGAAGAACAGAUAAUGAUGUGAAGAACUACUGGAACACCAAACUAAAGAAGAAGCUAUCAGCAAUGGGGAUCGAUCCAGUCACUCACAGGCCUUUCUCUCAAAUGCUUGCUGACUAUGGCAGCAUCAGUGGACUCACAAGAAACCAAACCAGAAUGGGUUCACUCAAUCGAGACAACAACAACACAUUCUUCAUCUCGAAUCAAGAAAAUCAUGUAUUCCAACAAUCCCCAACAGAAUCAUUUUUCCCUAAUUUCAACAACAACAACAACAACGUCAAAAUGGAACCACCGGAAGUUGUAAUCAAAUCCGAUUCACUCGAUCUUCUAACUCAGCUUCAAGCCAUCACACAUGUCAAAGACUCUUCAACCAACCAUGGAAUCGGAAUCUCUCUGACGCAAUUCCAUGUCUCGGUGGCGUCAUCAUCGUCGUCGUCUUCAAGUACCUGUUCGACUUUGAAUGAAAUGACGACCCCACAACAGACGUUUAACUGGCGCGACUUUCUGAUCGAGAAUGGGCAAGAUGGAGACGAGAAAUUGAACUUGGAAGCCAUGGGAGGGGUUGAGGUGGUUAAGUGUAAUACGCCAUUGUUGAUGAAUGGUGUUAAAGAAAGUAUAGAAGAAGGUUGUGAUGGAUCGUUUGUGGAGGCGAUGCUGGAUGGAUCGGAAAACGAUAUGCUGUUGGACUUUCCGGGGCUUUUGGGUGAACCAUCUUAUUGA